UGUGUCUCUGCCAUAUACACAGUAUUGUCUCGGAGACGUGAACAUGUAACAGCUGAUGUCCCUAAGCCAGGCACCCCUGCUUACAUUGUGAAGGCAUUUCUGCCGGUGAUUGAAUCAUUUGGCUUCGAGACGGACCUGAGGUAUCAUACACAGGGGAAAGCAUUUUGCCUUUCAGUAUUUGAUCACUGGGCUGUAGUUCCCGGUGAUCUGCUUGACAAGAGCAUUGUCCUCCGGCCCCUUGAACCUGCACCAAUUCAGCACCUUGCGCGUGAGUUUAUGGCGAAAACCAGACGCAGAAAGGGUAUGAGCGAGGAUGUGAGCAUUAACAAGUUCUUUGAUGAGGCCAUGGUUGUUGAGCUUGCCCAGCAGGCAGCUGAUCUUCAUCAACAGAUGAUGUAAACCAAGAC